AUGGAGAAGGUCCUGAUUGUGCUGCUACUGCUGGGGGCUUUCCCUCUUGUCUUCUUCCAAGCUCAAGCCACAUUAUGUAUGGUCUGUGACGUAUUUAUGAAUGGCAAAUGUGUGCAAGGCAAGGGCAACUGUACCAUGGAGGAAGGUGGUGGAUGCAGAACCAGGGACAUCUAUUUUUUCACCUCAAGAGAUGGGUUUUCCUACAACUACACUAUAUUGGACUGCUCAAAUCCAUGUAAGGCUUGGAAGUUGUAUAAUGAGGAUCUGAAGGUUUCAAGCUUUUGCUGCCAAAGUCGAGAUUUUUGUAAUAGAUACAAAGGAAAAAUAGUGAAUAAGAAUAUUUUCUGA